AUGUCCUGUGAUCCUGAUAUACAAUCCAUCUAUAAUGAACAUUUUCGAAAUUUGGUGACAAUCAAUGAAGAAGAACGCACAGCAGCAGCAACGUCAAGUGCGUCUGGCAGUGCCACAGCGGACAUAACAAAAGCUCAUGCCGAGAUCUAUAACCCUUCAGUGCAAUUUACCAACGAUGACAUUUGGAUAUUUGGUUAUGGUUCGUUAAUGUGGAAAAUUGACUUUCCCUGCAUCGAUUGGCAGCGUGGCUAUAUUUGUGGCUAUCAGCGGCGUUUCUACCAGCACAGUAUUGAUCAUAGAGGGGUACAUGUAAAGCCCGGUAGAGUUGUUACCUUGGUGCCAGCAACACCCAACGACCGUGUAUAUGGUGUGGCCUAUCGGGUGGCAGCAAGUGAACGAGAUUCGGUUAUAAAACAUUUAGAUUUUCGUGAAAAGAAUGGCUAUGAACGUUGUACGGUAACAUUCCAUGUCUUUGAUCCGGAAAACCGAAACAAUGAAGAGAGCACAAAGAAGAAAUCAUUUGACAUAGUUAUUUAUAUUGCUACCCCCGAAAAUGAGUCCUGGGCUGGUGAUGGCCCUAAUAGUCAAAUUGAAAAUAUUGCUGAGCAAAUUUUCACCUCCGCCGGACCAAGUGGUCGAAAUCGCGAAUAUCUCUUCAAUUUAGUCAAAUCAAUGCAACAUUUAUUUCCCGGGGUCGAAGAUGAACAUUUGUUGGAAUUGGAAAUGGCUGUGAGGCAGCGUAUUGCCAAAGAUGAGGAGCGAUUGUUGGAAAUGGCUUUGAAAAAAGAACUGAAAGAUGUUCUUGGCGGCAAGGGAAAGGACUUGAAACUGAAUGAUGAUGAUGAAUGCAUGACGUGGCAAAAAAACAAAAUAGAUCAUCUGAUAAAGUUUUGCCAUAAAACGGGUUGGCGUGAAUAUUUCCUAGCCAAAGAACUUUAUGGUAUACAAAUAUUAAGUUUAUGGAACGAUGAUGAUCGUAGAAAAUCUUAG